AUCGGCGGGGCGCUGCCAGGGCGUCAGCGCCGGCGGCCGGCCCCGAGCGCGUCCCGCACGGCGCAGGCAGGCACCGGGGGUCGGAGCUCGCAGCGGUAGCAUGGGCGCUGCCGGCUUUCCGUGGCUCUGCUGUUUGCUUCUCGCCCUCGCCUGGGCCGGCAGGUUGACGGGAGGCAGCGGGGGUGCAGAUGUUGACGAGUGCGCAGAAGCUACAGAUGACUGUCACAUCGAUGCGAUAUGCCAAAACACACCAAAAUCCUACAGAUGCAUCUGCAAGCCAGGCUAUAAAGGCGAAGGGAAACAAUGUGAAGAUAUUGAUGAGUGUGAAAAUGACUUCUACAAUGGGGGCUGCGUCCAUGAGUGCAUCAACAUUCCAGGCAACUACAGAUGUACCUGCUACGAUGGGUUCAUGUUAGCCCAUGAUGGCCACAACUGUCUUGAUGUCAAUGAGUGUCAGGAUAACAAUGGAGGGUGCCAGCAGAUAUGUGUAAAUACUAUGGGCAGCUACGAAUGUCAGUGCAAAGAAGGCUUUUUUCUGAGUGAUAACCAGCACACCUGUAUUCAUCGCUCCAUUGAGGGUAUGAACUGUAUGAACAAAGAUCACGGGUGUGCACACAUCUGCCGGGAGACACCCAAAGGUGGGGUUGCCUGUGAAUGUAGGCCUGGCUUUGAACUUGCCAAAAACCAGAAGGACUGCAAAUUAACCUGUAACUAUGGGAAUGGAGGCUGCCAACACACCUGUGAUGACACUGAUACUGGUCCUGUGUGUGGUUGUCAUCAGAAGUAUGCCCUACAUUCAGAUGGCCGAACCUGCAUUGAGAAGGAUGAGGCUGCAAUUGAGAGUUCUGAGUACAAUGCCACGUCAGUAGCUGAUGUGGACAAGCGGGUGAAACGGCGGCUACUUAUGGAAACAUGUGCUGUCAAUAAUGGAGGCUGUGAUCGGACUUGCAAGGAUACCGCAACAGGGGUACGAUGCAGUUGCCCAGUUGGAUUUACGCUGCAGCCUGAUGGGAAAACGUGCAAAGAUAUUGAUGAAUGCUUGGUAAACAAUGGUGGCUGUGACCAUUUCUGCCGAAACACGGUUGGCAGCUUUGAAUGCAGCUGCCGGAAAGGCUAUAAACUGCUCACAGAUGAACGGACCUGUCAAGAUAUAGAUGAGUGUUCCUUUGAAAGGACCUGUGAUCACACCUGCAUCAACUACCCUGGAAGCUUUGAAUGUCUCUGCCAUAAAGGCUACACUUUGUACGGGCUGACACACUGUGGAGAUAUCGAUGAAUGCAGCAUCAGCAAUGGCAGCUGUGACUAUGCAUGUCUGAAUACAAUGGGGAGCUAUGAGUGUGUCUGUCCACCUGGAAAGAAACUGCACUGGAAUAAAAAAGACUGCAUUGAGAUGGUUAAAUGUCUCCCGAAUGCCAAACCUGCUCCCAAGGCUCAGCUAGUGUGUAGUAAAACAGGAGGAAUAGAGAGCUGCUUCCUGUCAUGCCCAUCCAAUACUCUUUUUGUUCCAGAUUCGGAGAACAGCUACACGCUGAGCUGUGGUGUUCCUGUCCAGCAAGGCAAGGCUCAACAGAAACGCAAUGCCACCCUUCCCAGCUGUGCAGAUUCCUUAGCCCCUCCAAUCAAGCAGAAAGCUCGUUUUAAAAUUAAAGAUGCAAAGUGCCACUUACGGCCUCGCAGCAAAGAAAAAACAAAAGAUACUGGGAAGCAAGCUGUUUUAGGAGGUCAAUUCCCUUGUACAGACAACUGCCAUGUGACCUUUGUGAAUCUCAAGUGUGAUUCCUCCAAGAAAAAGCGCCGGGGCCGCAAGUCACCGUCAAAAGAAGUGUCCCAUAUCACUGCAGAGUUUGAAGUGGAGAUGAAGUCGGAAGAAGUCUCAGACACCUGUAACAUUGACUGUGUUCGGAAAAGGAUGGAGCAGAAGCUGCAAACUGCAAUCAAAACAUUGAGGAAAUCUAUUAAUAAACAGCAAUUUUACAUUCAGUUUUCUGGGACAGAAUAUGAAGUGGCUCAGAAGCCAGCUAAAGCUACUGAAGGGCACGAAGCUUGCAGUACAGGGCAAGUGGUGCAGGAUGGAAAAUGCGUUACCUGCAGCACGGGCACCUUUUAUAGCGGAGAACAUAAUCAGUGCGUUCCUUGCUCACCAGGAACAUACCAAGACACAGAAGGUCAACUAACCUGUGAGCCUUGCCCAAGUAACGAUGGACAGGGAGUAGCAGGCGCCCGGAAUGUGUCAGAAUGUGGAGGCCAGUGUUCUCCUGGACGCUAUUCUUCAGAUGGUUUUAAACCUUGUAGAAUAUGUCCUCUUGGUACAUAUCAGCCUGAACCAGGAAGAACCCUCUGCUUUCCUUGUGGUGGAGGGCUUGUGACCAAGUAUGAAGGUGCUGCUUCCUUUCAAGACUGUGAAACCAAAGUUCAUUGUUCUCCUGGACACUACUACAACUCCACAACACACAGAUGUAUCCGAUGCCCUAUAGGAACAUACCAGCCCGAGUUUGGCCAAAAUUACUGCAUCACCUGCCCUGGGAAUACAAGUACAGAUUUUGAUGGCUCCACUAACGUUACACACUGCAAAAACCAGCACUGUGGAGGAGAACUUGGUGAUUAUACUGGCUAUAUUGAAUCACCCAACUAUCCUGGAGACUACCCAGCUAAUGUUGAAUGCAUUUGGAAUAUAAAUCCACCCCCAAAGAGAAGAAUACUCAUCGUAGUACCUGAGAUAUUUCUUCCAAUUGAAGAUGAAUGUGGUGAUGUUUUAGUAAUGAGAAAAAGUGUUCAUGGAAGAUCAGCUGCUAAUGUUACCGUUGAAAAACUGAUUGCAGUUCCAGAGCUACACUUGGAUCCACUUACUUGCACUGUAAGAAUGGACUCAACCGCAAUAUUAUCUUCUCCUACUUCAAUUACUACAUAUGAAACAUGUCAGACUUAUGAGAGACCUAUUGCAUUUACUUCAAGAUCAAGGAAGCUAUGGAUUCAGUUCAAGUCAAAUGAAGGAAACAGUGGCAAAGGAUUUCAAGUCCCCUAUGUCACUUACGAUGAGGAUUACCAACAACUAAUAGAAGAUAUUGUUCGAGAUGGACGAUUAUAUGCAUCAGAAAAUCAUCAAGAAAUUCUAAAGGACAAGAAACUGAUUAAAGCUCUCUUUGAUGUACUGGCACAUCCACAAAACUAUUUCAAGUACACAGCACAAGAGUCAAAAGAGAUGUUUCCAAGAUCAUUUAUAAAGCUACUGCGAUCAAAAGUUUCCAGAUUUCUACGACCAUACAAAUAGUGGUAUUCAGUUUGGGGUUAUUUUGCAUUCUUGUUGAAUAUUGUCUCUCCUCCAUAGUAGAAACAUUUGGUAAUUUGAAGGCUCUUUUUUGCAGUCUUUAUUUUCAGUUGUAUAUUGAAGAAUACCUACAAUGUUUUAUAAUCAUUAACAGCCAAUGUUCUAAAUGGAAUUUUUACUACAAAAAAAAAAUGUGGAUCCCUGAGCGCAUCUAAGUUGAAGAUAAAAUUUGUGUCUGCACUAGUGUAUCUUCAGUUUCCAUUCAAAACUACAUUAUGUAGAAAAUAUUCUUUCUAUUUUUUUAUUUUUCAUUCAAAAGUAGUUUUCUGCAAAGCAAAUAAGGCAUCUAUUCAAAUCUGAUUAAACUACCUGCCGAUAAGUUCUGUUGUAGAAAGGAGUAUGUAGUAUAAAUAAUACUUGGAUUUUGAAUUGCACUUGAAGUUUAUAUUUGAAUCUUUAGAAGAAAACAAAACAAUCUAAAUUUCAUUAUUUCUCAUUUGUGGCUUAGUGGAACCUCUGUCCAAGUAGAAAUCAAAAGGGAAGGAAAAAAGAAAAAAAAAAAAGAAACAUGUUUAGUUUUGUUUUAUGAAUUAAGUACGAUUGAGUCCCAUAUCCUAACGUUUUUGUCUGUACUCUUCUAAACUUUUUCAGAGGUUUUCCAGCUGUCUGCAAUAGCGUUGAAAUGGAUUGAGCUAAUGAAUUCUAUACAACAGUCGGUCCCUUUGGAGGCAGUUAAAAUAGGAUAGAUGAGAAAUGAACAACAGCAACAAAAGUAGUGUUCUGUUUUUCUUUCCCUUAAUAGAGCAUCUAAUUAAGUACAAUAUAUAAACAUAUAAAUAUAUAGUUCUAUUUGUGGGUACAUUAGUAAUGUUAUCUUUAGUUACUGUAAAUAUUAUUCAUGCUUAAAUCUUUACUCCCACACACACUAUUUACUCGUAUCUAUCUGUAACUUUGCUUAGACGAUUAAAUGACUUCUCCAAGUGCUUGUCACUUCUGUUAACACCAAACUGAAGCCUUUUAGAGUUUUAUAACACAGGAUAAUGGUUUACUUUGGGGCAUUCUCUUUUAACGUAUUAUUCCAAGAAAAUUAACAUCUGUUUAGACGCAACUGCUGUGCAGUAAAGGGUCAGUUAUUACCUCUUUCUUCGGCACCCCUCAUACCCAGAGGAGCAGAGUUACCCCUGAGGACAGCAUACCUGCGAGGAGCUUACUAAGGAGGAAAUGUCAGAUCUGCCAGCUCAAAAAUGCUGGAACAUACCUCUGCCGCAGGCCCAAGCUCCAAGGGGGCAGUGGGGGGACAAAGUUUUGAACCCCAGUUAGAUGAGUUGGAGGUCAGGCCCUGCAGGCAUCAGAGACCCAACGCUCCCUUUUAUCACAAAUUUGCAGCCACAGUCCUCGGCAAACAUGAGGACUGUACAGUCUGCAAGAUAGCAUUAGCCUUGUGGUCAGGCCUUCCUCACAGAGUGACAGGUGCCUGGGGGCUAAGACGAUGAUAAAUCCUGUUUCCUCCUGUUUCCUGACACAGAAGCUAAUUUCAGUGGGGGAGUAGCCUCUUUAUCUUCAAGUCCCUUCCUCUUUUGUAUAAUUUUCUUUUCUGAUCCUACAAGUUUAUGACAUGCAUAAAUUAACUAUCAUGCCAACAUCCUUUCAGAAAAAGACUAUUAUAACUGUUGUUUGUUUUUUUUUUUAUCUCUACCCUGUCAUUUAAAUUACCCUUGGAUGCUCUCAAAGACAUACAUUAAGUGUUGUUACGGUUAACUUUUGUCUUCGAGCAAGUGCUGUUUAAGUUUACAAAGUUGUUUUCUGUUGGCUACAACUGGUUGAAUACGCCAUUUCUAAGAGAUACCUUAAAUACUUUGUUGAUUUUUUCUACUUGGCCAUCUUGUAUUUUUGCUUGCCUUCUUUCCUUUUCUGUUGAAGAAGAUUUUUUUUUCUUUUCUGUGCCUAAAUGGUUUCAAAUUAGUCUAGCAACUCAGUUUUUUCACUUGUGGAUCUGCAGUCUUUGAAGAGCUUUGCCUUUAAUCUCUAUAUAUUUAUAUAUUAACCCUUGCUUCCAAACGUAACAGCUCCAUACAGAUUAUGUUUUAAAGGCUGUUAAGCUUUCUCUUUAGAUCAGGGCUGAAAGUAACUGCCCUGAAAGGUCCAUAAACCACUGGCAGCACUGUGACAUUUUCCAGGUUCUUAGCUGCAUGAGAAGUCCAGUGCCACACAGCAACUACAACACAGGCUUGUCCUGGUUGUGGCCACUGUUACUGGGACCUUGGUACAGCUGUGAGAGGUGAAUAUAGAAAGAACUAGCCUUGUUUUGUUCUGAUACAACUCACCCUCAAUUACAACCACAUUGGACAAAAACUCUGUUUUGUCUAAUUCAUUCUGACAGACAACUUCAGAUGUGUGUGUUAGCCCAUGCUCCCUGGAGCCACAUGAGGGCAUGGACUCCACAGUCAGGACAGAGCACUCAGUGACUUCUGUAGCAAAUGCAGAAUUUGUGUUGCUGAGAACAGUGAAAGAGACUAAUUUAGCCUUCAAAAUUAUACAGUUAAAUGCUUCUGAAUACAUAGGAGUUUCACGAGCCACUGCAUGCAGCUUAGCAUAGAAAUGCCACUGAAUAUGCAAAUUUCUUGUGAAAAAAAUACUGGCAAGUGGUAUAUAGGAUCUUCUGAACCAAUUUCAGCUGAUUUUUAUGACAGCACAUAAUUUUUACAUGAGCUCUGAAAGUAAAAAAUGCUUUGACAAACCUUAUCCAAGAACAUCUUAACAGUUUCAGAAGGACAUAAGGAUUUUUCAUACUAGAUUUACAGUUACAGAAAUUGGCAUUCACCAAAGAGAAGGUGAGCUGAGCUCUUCAUUUGUUAACGUAGCAUAGGGUGUUUUUACUGUAAGAAGUUAGAGAGCAUAUUGUUACUGUAUUAUAACAGCAUAACAACAAGGAAUGUCAUUUUCUAUGGAAAAGAUUUAGAUAAAUUUAGAAAUCAGAAAACAUACAAGGUGAAAUACUGCCUUCUUUAAGAAAACUAGCUUCAUGAAAUGAAUUGACAUAUGGCAGAAAUUUUUGGCUUUUACCCUAGAUGUGAAAUAGUGCAUUUAAGCAUAUUCAAUAAAUACCUCCCUCUAUCUAUUGUUGCAGAAUUUCACAUUGUGUCCAGAAUAGGUUCAACAACACAUUUGUGUUACUCUGGGAAGGCUGAAGGGGUGUCCAUUGGUGAUCACCCAAUUCUGCAUCACAAACAAGCCAAGCUUUUUAUUUUCAAUUUGCAAAUGCCUAUAUCCUUAAAAGCUGCACCUGUAGCACUUAACAUUUUAAAUCUCUCCUCCUGCUUUAAAUACUGCACUUAUUCUUAGCAAGGUGGUGGUGAAUCAUCCCUAAGCAUUCUCAUGUGCCACCAAAUAACAGCCUGCACACCUGCUGCAAUCCAGGAGAUUGCAACAGUCAGAUGUCGCUAAUCAAGCCCUAAGCCAUGCCGUGAAAGUGCUUGUUAGUGAUUGCUGUAAGCAAGGCGCUUGUGUGUGUCACUUGAGUACAGGGACCACUGGGAUUCUGUGCUCAGUAGGAGAUUGCUGCCUACAUCUUACCUGCAGCAGUAAGAUUUAUACUGCCUGAAGAUUUAGGUCCCUGAAACUGGGUUUAAAGCCACUGAAGUCUUCUUUCAGCCCAUUUUCCUGCCCUGCCUUCUGGAAUGUAUUCCAUCGUGUAUUAGAUUUCCAUCAUGUAUUAGAUUUUUACCUGAUGACUGACUUUUCAAAAGAAAAUUAUUUCCUUAUUGUGCCUCCCCCAUACAAUAAAGUGAAAUCACAGUGUGUUAGACAUACUGAAGAUUUAGACCAAUCCUUCCUAUACAUCAGCCUCACGUUAGCUUUAAGUAAGCUUACUCUAGUAAGCUAAUUUUACCUUAAUGUUGUUUUAGACCAACAUAAGUAAAGAUAGGUUUGGUUGCAGAGCUCUCAGAGUCUGCAUUUUGAUUUGUCAGAUGUUUUUUAAAGAGAACAGCUCAUCUGUGGACCUCUGUCUAUAUGCAGAAUGAACAGAUGAUGCCACAUGAACAAGAAACAUGCUUAUGUGCAUUAAACAUUCAAAUAAGAAAGUCAAACCUCAUCCCAUUCCCCUUUUGUAAGUGUACAACAAUUUCAAAUUUCUCAGAUCAGUCUUAUGUACAAACAACCCAGUUUUAAUCUUGUAGAUAACAUGUUCUAAUCUUCAAGAGCAGAAGCAGUGGUAUGAUUCUGGUCUGUGACAGCACCCGUGUCUGGACUCUAAAUACCUUUGAGUGCUCUUAAAAAAAUGAAGUUGCAGUGAAAUCUUCAAUAACUGAAUUCAGUGGCAAAUUCCUCAGCCACCUCAGGAGUCUCGGUUUCCCCUUUUCUGCAUGAUGGGAACGAGCAACAUGCUGUUACGUGUAACUGUGUCAUGAUUCCGAGUAGUUGCAUUUUUUUCCAUAAUUUAAAACCACUCUUUGACAGGAAUGGUAGUAACUGGAGAGGUUCUAUAGACUCUCAAUACUUUAAGACGUUAAUAAAAUAGUUUUCUAGGAUGAGAGACUGUUGUAAGCACUUGCAAUGAAGAAAAAAAAAAUCGUCUCCCUUAAGAAUUUAUGGAAGAAGGGAAAUAAAUUUCUGUAAGGUAAUAUAAACGUAUUCCUUGGUAUCAGACUUGAAUUCAGAGAGAAGUCUUGUGUUUUAUUCUAACACUUUUCAUCUGAAUAGAAACAAAGUGGGAAAUAAACUCUUAAAGUAAAAAAAAAUAGUUAUCAAAGUAUCUGAAUAUAUACAAUUCCAGUUUAUUUCAUUUAUUUAUUGUUUCAUCACUAAACUUUUUAAUCUAUAAAAGUAAUAUGUAAUAUACAAGAGUAAAAUGUACAGAAGUACCUUUAGAUGUAAUAAUUUAAACCAUCUGUAUUCAGAAAGGUGAGAUAAGUUUAAAGAUCUACAAACAACUGCAAUUCAACUUCAGCUGAAUUUCUAAAUAUCUAGGAAAAGAAGUGGCUUUGCUUAAUUAAACUUUAUUUUAAUGAUUGUGAAAAUAUCUUUUUUAGUUUGUUUUUAUUACUUUUUUAAUUAAAAUUAUUUUGUAAAUAUUGUUUUCUAUGUUUUAUACCUUAGAAAGGCCGCUAAUUUGCAUUGACAGCAGCAGAUACUUAACAGAUGAUUUAAAAGGUACUUAUAGGGCACUGGCAUGUGGUCAGUAGACAGAUACAUCCAUCCAGACUACUGCUCUUCUUAUUUCUGCAGUCUCACUGGCAUAAUAGAAAGAAUUUUCUGGGACAACUUAACCUGCUAAUUUUCACAGAACUGACUAUCAAGUGUCAUUCUGAAGUGCUUACCAUUUUCACAGCAUAUAAAGAAUAUGUAUUUUAAAGUUAGUGCUAGUUCUUACUAGGGUAAGAAACAACACAAAAUUCAGAAAUAAAAGGGAAUUCAAACGAUUAUCACCAAAUAUAGCAUAAAGACAAGGAAAGGUAUGGUAUCUCUGUGCUCAUAGGUAGCAGCGGAAGUGAUAAAAUAACAUACUGGAUGAGAUCAUAAGCAUUUUUUAGGCAAAAUUGUCACUGAGAUCUAUGGGAUUUUUACCUACAUUAAGUUCACUAUGAUCACAUCCAUCAUGUAUUAAGCAGGAAUUUCUGGUAGACUAGAUUUUGAGGAAAAAUACCUGGAUGUGUAAUAAUGAUUUCUGUACCAAUUUGCUAUGUCUAAAUCACUGGUCAUGAGUAACGUUUUGAACUAAGCCCUUGUAGAUGCUGCUGCGACUUCUAAGCUUUAUUAUCAAUGUAAAUUAUGUACAAACAGCUAUUCCCGUAUGAAAUGUACCAUGGUAGUUUAGAGCAAAGACAGUGAAUAACUGUACAAAAUUUGAUACUUAGAAACUAAAAUAGUGAUCUAAGCUUUACCAAUAUUUUAACACUACUGUCAGAUUCAUAGUAGAAAAUGUUGUAAAUGUACCUUAUAAGAAAAUACAUUUCCUUUUACCUCUGUAUAUUAAUAGCUUUGUUUUCUAUGUCAAAGCUCAAAAUGAAGCAUGUAAUAAAAAUUUUGUUAAAAUCACUUUCAUAAUAAACAUUAAAUGGGAA